GUUUUUAAAAACUUUACGUCAACGUCACUGUCAUGCAAACUGUCAAAUAGCUUUGUCUAUUCCUUUUCCUUGAUAAAUUUUCUCCUGAGAGAAGCAAAAUGGGUCGUUACUCUCGGGAACCGGAUAACCCAGCUAAGUCAUGCAAAGCGCGUGGCUCCAACCUGCGUGUUCACUUCAAGAACACAUACGAGACAGCGAUGGCGAUCAGGAAACUGCCCCUGCGCCGUGCUGUCCGUUACCUGAAGAACGUUGUUGACCAGAAAGAGUGCAUUCCUUUCCGCCGCUUCAACGGUGGGGUGGGCCGAUGCGCCCAGGCCAAGCAGUUCGGAACCACACAGGGACGCUGGCCCAAGAAGUCUGCAGAAUUCUUGCUGCAACUUUUGAGGAACGCUGAAUCUAACGCUGACUACAAAGGUCUUGAUGUUGACAGGCUGGUCAUCGAUCACAUCCAAGUAAACCGCGCACCCUGUCUCCGCAGGCGAACGUACAGAGCGCACGGUCGUAUUAACCCUUACAUGUCGUCUCCCUGCCACAUCGAGGUGUGUCUGAGCGAGAGGGAAGACGCCGUCGCCCGCGCGGCGCCCGCCGACGACGCGCCCGCUAAGAAGAAGCUGUCCAAGAAGAAGCUUGCGCGUCAAAAGGAGAAGAUGAUGAGGGAAUAGGCUUUUAAGGGUUAAUAAAUGACUUACCACAA